CAAAUAGAAACAAAAAACAAGACAACAUUGUUCAUCCAUUCAUACACAAAGGUAAGAAAGAGAAUCAUUCAUUUUUGUUUCAAGAUUAACACAAAAGGAGAGAGACCCAGAUACAAUUUUGGGUCGGGUUCGGGAUUCUCGGAUCCGAUUCUUUGUUCUAUCAUUUCUAGUAGUGGUUGAGCUUCCUUAUGUGGUUUUUUCUUGUUAAAAAUUUCAUCUUUACAAUUCUUCACUUCUUAGGUUAGGUGUGUUUGAUACAGUGAGGUUUGAAUGGCUGGGAUUGACGAAAAUCUUGCACUCAAUGGUGAUUGGGGUCUUCCUAGUCCAAGUCCUAGGUCCCUUUUUUCUAGACUGUUAGAAGAAGAUAAUAAUAAUGUAAUACGACCGAAUUCAGAACAUUCGGGAAGUGGUAGAACUGAGGGACAAGAUGGUGAUUCCGGUACCCAAUUGAGCGAUACAAGUUAUCCAACUGAGAACAAGUGGAGUUCGCGGGGUGGUCUUGUUGAUAGAAUUGCUGCUAGAACUGGAUUUAAUGCUCCAAGGUUGAAUACAGAGAGCAUUAGAUCUACUGAACUUUCGCUCAAUUCUGAGAUUCAGUCUCCUUACUUGACUAUACCGCCUGGUCUUAGUCCUACUACACUUUUAGAUUCUCCCGUGUUCCUUGCAAAUUCAUUGGCACAGCCAUCUCCAACAACAGGAAAGUUUCCAUUUGUUUCAAACGGCAACAUCCGCAGCACAGAAUUAUCAUCGGAUGUUCAAGAAAAAUCUAAACAUAAUGGCUUUAAUGAUAUUUAUGCAUCUUCUUUCGCUUUCAAGCCUACAGCAGAUUCGGGCCCCUCUUUUUAUCAAGGUGCUGGUAGAAAUAUGAAUACAACUACACUUUCUCAGCAUUCCCUUCAUGGUUUUGAAGCUUCAGUUCAAUCUCAAAGAGUUGAUGCGGUCAAUGUUCAAACUGAGAACAAAAGUAGCCUCCAUCUUAAGGCAGAGUUUUCUGACUCGCCACCUCAAAAAGACAAUUCUACACAAUUGGAAGAGCAAGCAGAUGAAGAGGGAGAACAGAGAGUUAACGGAGACUCGUUGGUUGCUGGUGUUGGUGGUACUCCGUCGGAGGAUGGAUAUAAUUGGAGAAAAUAUGGCCAAAAGCAAGUUAAGGGUAGCGAGUACCCUCGAAGUUACUACAAGUGUACUCAUUCAAAUUGUCCAGUUAAAAAGAAAGUAGAACGUUCUCAUGAGGGCCAUAUAACGGAGAUAAUCUAUAAGGGGGCCCACAACCACCCGAAACCUCCUCCAAGUCGCCGGUCAGGCAUAGGGUCAACUAACCCUCAUGCUGACAUGCAAGUGGACAAUCCUGAACAUGGUGAACCACAGGGUGGUGGUGGCGGUGACCUAGGCUGGGCUAAUGUACAGAAGGGAAAUAUAGCUGGAGCUGGUAAUUGGAAGCAUGACAACCUUGAAGCAACAUCAGCUGUCAACCCCGGGUAUGGUAACCAAUCCACCAAUCUGCAAACUCAAAAUGGUACUACUCACAUUGAUUCCGGAGAUGCAGUGGAUCGCUCAUCUACAUUUUCAAAUGAAGAAGAGGAAGACGAUCAAGGCACUCAUGGUAGUGUAUCAUUAGGUUAUGAUGCGGAAGGAGAUGAAUCAGAGUCUAAAAGAAGGAAACUGGAAUCAUAUGCUGAGAUGAGCGGAGCUACUAGAGCCAUUCGCGAGCCUAGAGUUGUUGUUCAGACUACCAGUGAAGUAGAUAUCCUCGAUGAUGGUUAUCGGUGGCGGAAAUAUGGACAGAAAGUUGUCAAAGGAAAUCCCAACCCAAGGAGUUACUACAAGUGCACCAAUGCUGGGUGCACUGUAAGGAAGCAUGUGGAGAGAGCAUCACAUGACCUUAAAUCUGUGAUCACUACAUACGAGGGAAAGCACAAUCACGAUGUCCCUGCUGCUCGUUCCAGCAGUCACGUCAAUGCGAAUGCUUCUAACGCAGCUCAAGGACAAGCUUCUGGUCUUCUUCAAAACCAUAUGCAUAGACCUGAACCAUCUCAAGUUCACAAUGGCAUGAGGCCUUCGCUUGGUUCGUUCAACCUUCCUGGGAGACAGCAGCUAGGUCAUCCGCAUGGCUUCUUUGGCAUGAAUCAACACCUGUCGAACCUUGCAAUGUCGGGAUUGGGCCCUUCCUUGCAAGCAAAGCUUCCCGGAAUGCCUAUGAACCCAUUCAUGAUGCAACAACAACAACAACAACAACGCGCCGCAAAUGAAAUGGGAUUCAUGUUACCAAAGGGAGAACCAAAUGUGGACGCUAAUCCUGAACGUGGCGGCCUUAACAUGCAAAAUGGCUCAUCAUCAAUGUAUCAAGAUAUUAUGAAUCACAUGCCUCUUGGACCUCACAUGUAAAAUUUUAUUCUCUUACAUAUUCUUUAAAAGGCAAAACUAAUGUUUUACAUCAUAUGAUUUACAUAUAUACUCAUAUGUAAUGAUCAGACAUACAUAGGUGGACUUCACAUUAGUCUCAUUGUAAUGUGCUACAUUAUUCUUCACAUGUUAAAGGUAUAUGUAGUUUAUUCUGCUGAUUUUCUUUCAUUCAA